AGAAGGAAUAUCCGCCAUUUGCCUUGUAUAGUUCGAAAAUCUGGUAGAUCUGGUGUGUGUAUGUUUGCUAUUGACUGCAUCAAACGAAAUGGCACGCAUCUUGGUACUUGUAUAGAUCGUUUUUAUUUCGGUUCCUGCUGUGAUAUAAAUAUUGACACGCCCUUAUAUACCGCGGAGGUAGUUGACAACAGCAUAGAUCAAAAUACUAUAUCACAUCACUUCAGUUUUGAAACCACUACGAUUCCCACUAGUGCUUUAAUACAAUCCACUACAUCACGUACGCAACCGCAUAUAACAAGUAAUAAUUAUAAUAACAGCAUAUUGACUGGUAUUGCGAAAAAAAAUCGUACUGAAGUCACCGAAAUACCGCCACAUUCAUCACAUCUAAUAGGUAUCAUUAAGCCCGUUAAGCUAUCAUCAAACUCAACAACUGCAGCAACAAGGCGGCCUAUUUCGCAGACUACUCAUAAAAAUUCUCAUUUUGUUUUGCGUACGACUUCUAGGCAACCACCUACUAAGAAACCUACGAAGACAACCGCCUCAAAGGUAACUGCAACUUCACUUAUAAGAAAAAAUGUCACUUCAAACGCCAACAACGGUUCAUAUCCGACCACAGUAAGGGCCACCUUACCGCCUAAAGUAACAACAGCCACAAAGUUAACACAAAGCGAAUCUAGUUUAGCAACAACCACGCAACCUUCCAAAUUAUUCACUUUUCAGACUGUAGAAACAACAAUCGUGCCGGUAACUGAGUCGGUAAAUCUUACCGACUGGUCGGCCGCGGUUAUGGACAGAGUUGAGUCCACAGAAAAAUCAAAUAUUAUAAGCACGAGUCCUAAGCUCACCAUCAAAACUAGUACUCAAAGAAUACCAACUAAGCCCAAACCACUAACAACAAGAACAACAAGCAGUCCUAAAACGCCUCUACAAACGGAGAGGCCAACUAACAAGCCUACGCGUAAACCGCCGCCUGUACAUACCCAUGAAUCUCAAACGCAUUUGGUGGCAACCACUGAACUGAGUAACCACAUUAAUGAUUCUGUUUUUACUCCCGAAACUUCGAAACCGAAACCUAAGCCCACACCCGAUAUUAUAAGCAUCUCAAAGCCAGUUUUAACAUCCGUACCAAUACCAAAUACUACUCAAUCAUCAUUGAAUGUAUCCAUUCCGAAGCUUACUACCGAGUCGCCAGCGAUAAAUUCUACUACAAAAGCGACUCCGAACAUAAAUACUAUUAGCACAAGUCAUCCCGUUCAAGAGAUUGUAGGUUUUACUACAGAACAACCCUCUUUCAUGAAUACCACUGCUGGGCCAAAUCUAGUAACUUGGACUAAUGAUAAGGAAGAACCUCAUAAUCAAAGUCAAAAUGCAACACAAGGGGACACUGGUUGGCAACAAAAACUAUCCGGCUGGAUCCCGUUAUCUACUAUAGCAACAAACAUUAACGCCACUAAUAGCACUGACAGCAAUCCAAACAAUAGUGUACAGGAUGUCGUGGUAACGUCGAGCGUAAGUGCCGUGAUCAAUCACAUUAAACCUGUUGUUGCAACAUCAGAAAGUUCACUUACUCUACAAAGCACUUCGUCGACUACAACAACUGAAUCUAUAUUAGCAACUUCUGCUUCUGUAAGUAGCACUUCCACCGUAGCAGUUAAUACAACCUCGACCACACUUGAUGUAUUAAUUUUCGAUCAAGUGACAACAGAAUACGAACAAAAUAAUUCCACGUAUCCAACUACAUCGUCCCCGAUCAGUUCGUUAGAAGAGCUCGAUUAUCGACGGAUUUGUGGUCGACGUAUGUUUCCAGAACCAAGAAUUGUCGGUGGUUCGAAUGCUGCCUUCGGUCGCUGGCCAUGGCAAAUAUCAUUAAGACAAUGGCGCACUUCAACAUAUCUUCAUAAGUGUGGUGCUGCUCUACUAAACGAGAACUGGGCCAUUACGGCUGCACAUUGCGUGGAUAAUGUACCACCAUCCGACCUCCUUUUGCGCCUAGGCGAAUACGAUCUAGCCGAAGAGGAAGAACCGUAUGGUUAUCAGGAAAGACGGGUGCAAAUUGUUGCAUCCCAUCCACAAUUUGAUUCCCGGACAUUUGAAUAUGAUUUGGCUUUAUUAAGAUUUUACGAGCCAGUAAUAUUUCAGCCGAAUAUUAUACCCGUCUGCGUGCCAGAUAGCGAUGAAAAUUUUAUAGGUCAAACAGCUUUCGUAACAGGUUGGGGACGUUUGUACGAAGACGGUCCACUGCCUAGUGUAUUGCAAGAAGUAGCUGUACCCGUUAUUAAUAACACAAUAUGUGAAUCAAUGUACAGAGCUGCCGGCCAUAUCGAACAUAUUCCGCAUAUAUUUAUAUGUGCCGGAUGGAAGAAAGGCGGUUAUGAUUCUUGCGAAGGCGAUUCGGGUGGACCUAUGGUAUUGCAACGUGAAUCUGACAAACGUUUUCAACUUGGCGGUGUCAUUUCAUGGGGCAUAGGUUGUGCAGAAGCAAAUCAACCGGGUGUCUACACACGUAUCUCUGAAUUUAGAGACUGGAUUAAUCAAAUUUUACAAUUUUAGUAUAAUUUUUUUAAAAGUAUUUUUUUUUUUUUUUACGUGUUAAUUUCCUUAAAUAAUUUUUUAACAUUAGUAUAAGAACACGCUUACGUCGCAGUUUGUCGAAAAGAAUAUCUAGCUAUAUUAAGAAGCAAAAUCGAGGAGGAAUCGAGUAUUAAGUGCAAUAAUGCAUUUGAUGUAUUUGUUAUCUUUUCUUGCUAUCGCUACUACUACCACUACUACUAUUACAUUUACUAUUGCAUUUAUUAUUACUAUUACUAUAACAAAUAUUAUUUAAUUACAAAAUUAUUAAUUUAUCCAUUAGAUUAUAACAUACGUGAUAUCUUUAUAAAUAGGUUAACUUUGA